CGGGGGCGAAAAGUUUUGAUGCAGGUUGUAAUCUGCCAACUCCCCCUUGUCAGGAGUGAAUGGCUACCGCAGCAUGUUCUUAUGGUGCUGUGAAUGUGGUUGGAUAGAAGUAUAUGUAGAGGUUCACGGAAUAUUAGAGUCUGUUCAGGAGUUUGUAAGACUGGAGCACCGUGGAUAGACUAUGCCUCAUUCCUCAUACAUCUUGAUCGUUUUGGCAGCUCGUCCUUCAAUUCGGGCGAAAAGAUACAAGAACGGCAUUUUACCGAUCCUCGAUCGCAUCGACGUCCGCACGGAGCCUGUUCUUUACUGUUGAGUGCCAGUGGUCCCACUAGCUCUUGUUUCCGCUGCAUACACGCUGCGUCAGAAGUCUCUGCUUCGGUCUUCGACGGCUAUAAUCGUGCUGGCCUCUGCAGUGUUGGCGUAGUAGUUGUCCUAGCGGCUUCAUUCAGCUCCGCAAUCGUCUGCUGUGGUUGUGGAAUUCGCUGAGUUCCAUCCAGAGACUAUGGCUCCCAGACUGCCUUCCGAUGCUACCUCAGAUAGUUGCUCCUGAUGUUCAUCAGCACGAAUCCUGAUGUGGCUGGCCCGUAUCUUGUGCCCAAAUGCUGCCUCAGGCGCUUGCCGAGGCUUGCUCUUGCGGAACUGCCACCACCUUCCAGAUCGAGCCACGGCGCUGAGAAGCAGAUGGACACGCGAAUCCGAUGCCAUUUCCUAUGUCCUUCACAAUGCGAAGUUAGGGCCAAUCAUGCCUCUUCUCACACCAGUCAAGGUCAAGCGCACCGUUGUCAAUGGUCAGAAUCCCAUACUUUACGAUAACCAGCCAGCUAGCGAAAUCUUCGCCCCAGGACAAGCAUAUCUCGGCCGACAGACUCUUCCACCAGAUAACAAAUGGUCAAAUGGUACACGAUCUUUCAUGGCACCGUUAUCGCACUACCAUCUCUUGCAAACUGAGACCUUUUAUGUCGAGUCUGGCAGCGGUAUCUGGUACGCCUAUGGCAAGGAAAUUCCUCUGACCGCAGGCCAAAACAUCACAAUCCCGCGCUUCACUGCUCACACGUUUGCCAAUGCGCCUGGAAGCACGAAACCACUCGUCGUGCUUUACAAAUUUGACGCACAGAUGUAUGAGAUGGAGAGACGAUUCUUCGCAAACACGCUGACGUAUCUGGAUGAUUGCCGAGUACAGAGCAUCGAGCCGAGUGUUUUGCAGCUGUGCAUAUUUCUCAGCGAUGCGUGGAUGCCUCCUGCUGUUGUUCCUGUGCCUCGGAUUCUGGGAGACUGGAUCGGAUGCUUCGUGAAUGCUUGCUUCAUGUGGAUAUGUGCGUUCAUCGGGAAAGUGUUGUAUGGAUACAAGGUGGCAAGGGCAUAAUCUAGGCCAAAAUCCCGCGUUAUGAAGGACACGAAUGAUCCUGCGUCGAAUGUCUGGUCAAGAAAGACCAACAGCUCUUCGCACAGCUAUCAUUGUGGGUUCAGCAUUAUUGGCAGCUUCUAGGGCGCCAGCUUCUGCAAUCGCGUCAAGGUCAUCGUUUUCCAUGAUGUCCGCGUAUCGUUCGCGGAUCGGCUUGAUCAGGCUGUUCACGGCUUCGGCAGCGCGAUCUUUGACGAUUCGCAAGCUCAGAUUCUCCAUCUCCUUAGCCAAGUCCUCCUGACUGCCAGCUGAUGUCGUGUCGUAUCC